UCUGCUGCUGCGAUGGUGGUUCCUGCGGUGGCUGCUGUUAUUACUGCUGCUGCUGCACUGGUCUGCCUCACCACAGCCAGUCAGCCCUUCAUUCCUGGUAAAACAUGCUACAGGAAAUGUGUACCUGGACACACACAGACCUGCUACUUCCACUUCGAUGUUCAGGACUACCAGACGCUGUCCAGGGCGUGUUACGACUGUCCCAGGAACGUAACGGAUUGUGAGAGACCUCAGUGUGUUCCUGGUGACGGUGUGAGACGUCGCAUCCUGGUGAUCAACAAGCAAUUGCCUGGACCAACUAUACAGGUGUGUCUGGGUGACCGUGUUGUGGUCGACGUUAAGAAUUCCUUUGAGGACGAGGUACUGACGAUACACUGGCACGGUGUCACCAUGAGAGGUGUCAAGUCCUUCCGUGGCCAUGGCACUCCUGGUACUCCCUACAUGGAUGGUGUCCCUAACCUGACACAGUGUCCCAUACUCCCUGGUGCCUACUUCAGGUACUCCUUCCGUGUACCUGACGCGGGUACCUACUACUACCAUUCUCACGUAGGGCUGCAGAGAGGUGAUGGUGUGUAUGGUGCCAUUAUUGUACGACAACCACGUCAAGACGACCCUAACUUUAACACCUAUGAUUACGACCUUCCUCAGCAUAUUAUUCAGGUGCAAGACUGGUUGCAUGUUCCAACGCUGGAUAAAUUUAUCCUGACGGAACAUGGUGGGGGUAAUGAAUCUCCUGAGUCAAUGAUCGUCAAUGGUCAGGGACCUUACCAGAACCAGAACGUCACAGCAGAACCAGCGUUGAUUCCAUACACCAGGUUCACAGUGACUCCAGGUAACAGGUAUCGCAUGAGAGUAAUCAGUAACGCAGUGCUCAGUUGUCCCAUCACAAUCUCCAUCGAGCAACACAAACUCACUCUCAUUGCAACAGAUGGUAGGCCUAUAGUGCCUAUUGAAGUGAAAUCUUUCGUUAUUUACUCAGGCGAGAGAUGGGACUUUGUAAUCAGUGCUCAUUCCAGCAAAUCUGGAGCUUUCUGGAUGAGCUUUAUGGGUGGAAUUGACUGUGCAGAUAACAGAGUACAUCAAUUUGCUGUCCUGGAGUACGAGAAUCAAGUUCCACUCUUGACGAACACGUAUUAUACCAGACGAAAACAUGUUGAUGCUGCCAGACUGAGAAGUAACUUGUCGCCCAGACCAGAGUACUCUGAAGUUCCUCCAGCUGGUCGUCAAGUGAACAGUGUCAACAGUGCCUGUUAUAAUGACCGCGUGUGUGUGAGUGACCUGAGGUCACCCUACAGUAUGCCCAACGACCUGAGGUCACCCAGGGCUGAUGUUACUAUCUAUCUGGCCUUUAGUGUGAGAUUCAUCAACAAUGAUCACUACUACUCCAAGAUCUAUUACGAUAUUAACUCAGUUGCUGAGAUCAGCGUGUCACCGACACCUCGAUCAUAA